CACUAGUCUCGGCUCCUACGUUCAUUUGCCUUGUUUUGUAGCAAGCAGCAAGGGACAUGAAAGGUCAUGACAGCCAGCUCAAAGUAACUGCGCCCCGAAGCCCAACGAACCAUAUUGGAUCCAAUCGGGACAUCAAAACAUUGAUCCAAUCGGGGCAUUUAAAUACUGAUCUGAUCCGGAUCUGCGUGCUCAUGAGCUGUCUUUCCCCUCGCCAAGAGCCAUCUAUUUCUUGGCUUGCACCCGAACAUUUAUUUGGUCAAUUUCCGCAACGAGGCCAACAUGGCGGAAAAAAGGCACCAUCUGGACGAGACUGUUCAAAUCACUCCCACCGAGGCCGGGGCGUUUCCCAAGGCCGAAGCCAACAUUGAUAGCGAUGGCUCCAACACACGGCUCGGCAGCAGCCGAGUAAAAAUGGUCUCCGAGCGAGACAUCGACGACACAACGCUCUUCUACAACACGUACAAGGACAAUGUCAAGCCUAUCGACGAGGCAAGCAUCAAACGUCUCAACCGCAAAAACUUUUGGUUCCUGCUCAGUCAGACGUGGUGGAUCGCCUUCCUCAUCCACCUGGACAAGUCAACCCUGUCCCAAGCCAGCACCAUGGGCAUAUUCAAGGAUGUGCAGAUGACCAAGAACGAGUACAACGACCUUUUUGUGGUAUUCUAUACGGGGUACCUCGUUGCGUUGUGGCCAGGCGCUUACGUUGCCCAACGCGUGGGCCACAAGUACUUCAUCACCGUGUCGUUGCUGCUGUGGGCACUGCUGCUGGGCAUGCAUCCCUUGGUCAAGACGGGCAAGCAAAUGAUCGGUCUGCGCUUUCUGCUGGGGAUGACCGAAUCGCAAAUCGUACCCUCUACGACCGUACUUCACCAAGCCUUCUUCCCGCCCAAGAAGAGCCCAUGGGUUCAGCUGCUCUGGUGGGCAUCGGGUAGCUUUGCAAAUGUUCUCCUCACCAUGGUCGCCUACAAACUCAUUCAAGACGACACUGACGGGACUCUUGUCGGCGGUCUCAAGUCGUGGAAGUGGCUGCAUAUAAUCUGCGUUAUCCUCACGUUUCUCGUCGCGGCGGUACUCAUCAUCUUUCUCCCCAACUCACCCGUCGACGCGAAGUGGCUCUCCACGGAAGAAAAGAUACACACGAUUGAGUUGAUUCGGCAGACGCAUGCUGGUAUUUCCAACUCGACCUUCAAGUGGGCGCAGGUCAAGGAGUGCAUUCUAGACCCAAAGAGCUGGCUGUUCAUCACCCACAUGUUCUUCAACGAGCUCCCCAACAACACUUCACAGCAGCUGCCACUGAUCAUUGUCGGUUUCGGCUUCACGCCCGCACAAAGUGCCCUCUUCAAUAUCGCGAAGCCCCUCUGGGGAUCAUUCCUGAUCCUUGUCUCUGCGGCUAUGUUGUACGCGACAGACCUCGGCGUGGGAUACACGUGCGCCAUUUCGUACAUUCCCUGCUUUGUCGGAGGCAUCAUCAUGGUUGCCGCGCCGUGGUCGAACAAGAUUGCGCUCAUCGUUGGCACGCAGAUAUCCACCUUCAAACCUUCUUACCUUCUUGGUCUGUCAUGGGCCGGUACCACAACUAUCGGGUACACUAAGAAGCUAUGUCUCAUGUCUACAUGCGUCGUCGCGGCAGCUGUCGCAAACAUGGUCUCCCCCGAGUUCUGGCAAGAAAAAUACAAGCCACGAUAUAUUCUCCCGUGGUCCUUUAUGACUGCUUUCUGGCUCAUAUCUCCGGCCAUGUGCAUCAUUAUUCGAUUUUAUCUGCAGCAUGAGAACAAGGUGCGUGCAGCGAAGCUCGAGCAACAAGGAAGCGACAGCGAAGAGGACGCCUUGGACACGGGCGACGGCAUCCUCCGGUUGAACGACAAAGAUCUUGACCAGACGGAUCGCGAAAACCUUCGAUUUGUCUACCCACUGUAAUUUGCACAUAAAAAGGGGCUUCUAGGUCCAUGAUGGUAAAACGAGGACCAUGCAAAGAAGAAGGUAAACAUCACACAUCUGAGUCACUGAUGAAGGAUCUCUCGUGUCUCGUAUUCGUCCGUACCAGCCUGUUGUUCUCAGAUACAACGCAGUUAAAUUUGUAUCUUGGCUCUCACUUGUGUUCCACACCUGGUGAUUUCUCCUUCUCGUCCUCGAAGUUAGGAUGGUCUGCAGGUGAGGUCCCAUUUAAAAGAACCAUGGAGGUCAAACGAAUUUCCUGAUUGAUCAUUGAUCUCCUCCAUUCUCUCAAAGUCCGCUUGUGCGGUCCUACGAUGAAGUUGCAC